AUGAGAGCUUGUAGUAUGGACUUAAAGUCGCGUAUUUCAUUUAAUUUCGUCUUUACAAGCCCGUUAGGAACCGGAAAGACAACUAUUACUCAAAAGAUAGGCCAGGUAUUCUAUAGUAUGGGUCUGUUAUCGGCUCCUGAAUAUCUUGAGCAUUCGGCUUCAGACCUCGACACUCCGUAUGUUGGCCAAACCGGAUCGAAAAUAAUAACUAUUUUAAAAGAUGGUUUGGGGAAGGUCCUCUUCGUAGAUGAAGCCUACAGAUUAGGUAAAGGCCAGUUCGCAAAAGAAGCCACCGAUGAGCUGGUUAGUAGUCUUACUCAACCCCAAUUCUUGGGCAAACUCGUUGUAAUACUCGCUGGCUCCACCAAAGAUAUGAACAGGCUUCUCAAAGUCAAUCCAGGUCUCUCAAGUAGGUUUCCAGAGGGGCAUGUAUUCCAGAACAUGACGGCGGAAGAGUGUUUGACGCUUCUUCAGCACCAGCUAAGAGUUGCUGGAGUUGAGUUCGUUCUGGAGCACCGCCAAUCCGACGGUUACGGGGACAUAAUUAAGCACUUCAACAGCCUUUCCUGCCUUCCAAACUGGGGCAAUGGCCAGGACGUCGAGACUUUGUCCAAGGCUAUCGUGGCAUCUGCU